AUGCAACCUCAUAGACGCCUGCGCAUCCCGCGCAUUGGCCUUAGCUGCGGAUUUGCCGGCUUAGCAUUCGCUACUGAAGAGCUAGAGGUUCUACCUUCAUGGCUGGAGAUCACCGACACCAUUGUCCAGUUCGAUAGAGGGAUCGUCCCUCCAGGCGCUGCACUGUACAGUCCCUUCCUGGUCUUUGAACCCACAUGGGGAAAUAAGGAACAUCGCCUCGAAUCUGCCAAUAAUCAAUGUGCUAUUGGUGGCGCAUGGUGUGUCAGGGCGCUUCAGAUGCUGUAUGCCAGAGCCUGGAAAGGAGGCAUGUUGCCUGAAUUGCCCAUCGCAUUCUCUUGUUCGAUCGACAACACCUUUGCUGUUCUGAACAUGCACUGGAUCGACCACGGUCAAGUCUAUUGCAUGUCACCACUGUGCAAGUUUGAUCUCAGCAAAGACGAUCACUUCAGCAGCUUCCUCGUCUGGGUAGACUCGAUCGGCAAAUGGGGCGUUACCCAUUUGCUUCCUGUCGUCAAAUCGGCUCUGGAGCGUCUGCGGAUCAAGGAAGACACACCACCUCCUACUCCACGUGCAGCUAGGCUGACUCUCGACACCGCAUGUCCCAAUGAACAGCUCAUCAAAUCUCUGAAAACGACGUUUGAAAACAUUCCUUGGCGAUUCGAUGACGACGAGUUCACGCCCGUGAGUAGCAACACUGCGAGCUGGGGAAGUCCAAUGGUCACUGACCUAACCUUUGCGAACUUGAACUAUCCACCUGUGCCAGCUCGACCCUACGGUGGCACCCCAACCUCUGCUGUCCAGAAGAAACAAUUCCUCGCGAAUUGGGGCCCGUACUCCACCCCUCCACCAGCAUACGCACAGAACAGUGAACUGAUGUGGCAAAAACGCCUCAACCAUGCCAUGGACGAGAUCCAUGACCUCCAACGCCAGAUCCAGGUCUUGAAGAAUGACUUCAGUGCAUCCGCUGUAAACUGUCAGAGCGAGUUGUCGGAUGUGAAGUCAACCAUGAGUUCUGUACUUCGCAAGGAAACUCUCACGCUGCGGAACAGAUCGCUCUCUCUGGGCGUACAGGAGACGUGGUCGAUGCAAAACAUGCAGCGGAGCCCACUCGUGAACGAAGUUCUUCCACAAUUCGUGGUCGACAAGCCCCCGAUGCCUCCACCGCACAGACCAUUUCACCCACCACCAUCUCCAAAACUCCUUUCUCCAGGACUCCAGUCUCAUGGGCCUCCCUCACCUGGCCUUCCGUCUCCCGGUAUGCCUUCACCUACCUUUUCCAUCUACAGUGAGACCACCAACAUUAUCACAGUUCCGCCUGCGCCACCCAGGGCGGCAUCUUUGUUCAAGUUCGCCACUCUGAUGGUAUCCGGACAUAUGGCCAGCAUGUUCAUCCCCAAUGUCCUCCUGCGAGUUUUUGUCUUGGGCUGCAUCACCGAUGUGUGCAUCCUGGCUUUUGCCAGCCCGCACCUGCCCAGCUCAGCGGAAUAUCUCUGGCCACUCUGGAGAUCUCGUUGA